AAAGGGCGGGGCCUGUCCGAAAACGUUGUACACAAUGGCGUCGCAUUUCAGCGGAGUACUGCAACUUACAGAUCUGGAUGAUUUUAUUACUCCGUCUCAGGAAUGUGUGAAGCCAGUGAAGGUGGAGAAGAAACAGGGAAGAUCUGUGGCCAAAAUUCAAAUAGAAGAUGAUGGCAGUUAUUUUCAGGUCCAGCAGGAUGGCCAAAGGCAAAAGUUGGAGAAGGCAAAGAUUACUCUAAAUGACUGCCUCGCAUGCAGUGGCUGCAUUACAUCUGCAGAAAGUGUCCUUAUAACCCAACAGAGUCAUGAGGAACUAUAUCGUGUGCUACGUCAUAAUAAGCAGCAGGUUAGCAGUAGUGAGCAGAAAGUGGUGGUGGUGUCUGUAUCGCCACAGUCAAGAGCUUCACUCGCUGCACACUACGGUCUCAGCAGCAGUGAGGUCGCUCUUAGACUCACCAGCUUCCUGAAGAACUUGGGUGUUCAUCAUGUGUUCGAAACCGGCUUCAGUCGGUCUUUCAGUCUGUUAGAGAGCCAGAGAGAGUUUCUAGAGCGAUUCAAUCGGAAGGACGUGGAUAAGAAAGCCUUACCAAUGCUGGCGUCUGCCUGUCCAGGGUGGAUUUGUUAUGCUGAGAAGACUCAUGGGGAAUUUAUCCUCCCUUAUAUCAGUACGACCCGCUCACCUCAGCAGAUGAUGGGAUCUCUAGUCAAGGGUUACUUCGCCGCUCAGAAGGGAGUUUCACCACAGAACAUCUACCAUGUGACUGUGAUGCCUUGCUAUGAUAAGAAGUUGGAGGCCUCAAGACCAGACUUCUACCUGAGCAAGUAUGAGACUAGAGAGGUGGACUGUGUCAUCACUUCAGGUGAAGUUCUGAAGAUGUUGGAAGAGCAGAAUGUUUUUUUGAGGGACGUGGAACCGGCACCUCUAGACUCAAUGUUCAGUAAUGUAUGUGGAGAGGAGUUGCUGAGUCAUGCAGGAAGUGGAUCAGGAGGGUAUCUUCAUCACAUAUGCAAACAUGCAGCCAAACAACUCUUCGGGGUUGAAAUAGAGGAACUUACAUACAAGACAAUGAAAAACAAGGACUUCCAGGAAGUGACUCUAGAGAAGGAUGGUACAGUUCUGUUGCAGUUUGCUGCUGUCUAUGGCUUCCGGAACAUUCAGAACCUGGUGCAGAAGCUGAAAAGAGGGAAAUCACCUUAUCACUUUGUAGAAGUAAUGGCAUGUCCAUCAGGAUGCCUUAAUGGCGGAGGGCAGCUCAAGCCGUCAUCAGAACAAUCCAAAAAGGAGUUGCUUCAGCAGGUAGAAGAAUUGUAUGGCGCUGAACGCACCUCGACGCCUGAGGAGGACACACGAGUGGCUGAACUUUACCACAGCUGGUUAGAAAGCGUUGGAGAGGAGAAAGCCAGACUGUUACUCCACACACAGUACCACGCAGUAGAAAAAAACACCAGUGGACUCAGUAUAAAGUGGUGAAGAGCCUAGAUGUUUCUGAGACACUGAUUAACAAUUUCUGUUGUUUGUUUGGACCUUUCAAAGGAACAGUUCACCCACAAAUGAAAAUUCUGUCAUCAUUUACUCACCCUCUUGUUGUUUGAAACCAAUAUGACUUCCUUUUUUCUGUGGAGUACACAGGAAAUGUUAAGCAGAAUGUUAGCCUCAGUCACCAUGCACAUUUUAUUGCAUUUUUCACUGAAAAUAAAUGGUGACUACCAUUCUGCAUAUCAUAUUUAGUGUUCCACUGAAGAAAGAUGUAGGGGUUUAAAACAACAUGAGGGUUAGUAAAUAAUGACAGAAUUUUAAUUUAUGGGUGAACUAUCCCUUUAAGUCCAUCUUUAGCAUGGAUUUGACACUACACCAGCUUAACACUCAUAAUCAUGUGUUGUACAAAUAUGGAAAUAAUUGAACAGACUGAUUAAGUAUGUUUUCCUCAAGCAAAUAUUAAAAGCAAAUGCUGAAAAUGUCUGGUUGGGACAUGCUUUUUUUUUUUUUUCAUAUCAAAGAGGCCUUUGCAUAUUAUUUUAGCCAUACAUCUUGAUAAGACCCACCGUUUGAUUUUGUUUUUUUUAACAUUGCCAUACAUUUUCAUUUAUAGUUUCUUUUUAUUAUUAUUAUUAUUAUCAUUUUUUAUUUUAUUUUUGAUGUGUGAUACCUGAACAUUAUGAAUGCAAAAGAGUGUCUUGUCUAAAGUGAUCCUGCUAGAAUUUAUGGUUGUAUGCACCAAAAACAAUAUUUUCUGUUUUCUUAAGAAUGUAUUUUGGUUAUGAUAAUAACAUAAUUAUGUAUGUAAUCAUUCCAUGUAUAUAUAACAUUUUUCAUGUAUUUGUGAAUUUAUUUACUGUUUUCAUUUUUUUGUUAAUAAUAAAGUGCCUGAUUUUA